UUUCGGUUUUCGUCAUGUUCAAGUUGCUACUUUGCUGCCUUCUACUAACCAUCGACGGUGGAUGGGCCUUUAAUCAUGGCCAGGAUCUAGUGGACUUUCAAACUUACAAGGAAAAUUUCACCAAGACCUAUCCCUCAACGUCGGCUUGCAACUUCGCCAACUACUACUUCAUCUACAACCGCAACCAGGUGGCGCAGCACAAUGCCCAGGCCGAUAGGAAUCGCACCACCUUCCGCGAGGCAGUGAAUCAAUUCUCGGACAUCCGACUCAUCCAGUUCGCAGCCCUGCUUCCCAAGGCCGUGAGUACGGUGGCCUCGGCGCCCACUGAUCCACCGCCCAGUCAAGCGGCAGCCACCAGCUUUGACAUCAUCACGGAUUUCGAACUCACUGUGGCGGUGGAGGAUCAGGGCGUCAACUGCAGCAGUAGUUGGGCCUAUGCCACCGCCAAGGCCGUGGAGAUCAUGAAUGCCGUGCAGUCGGCCAAUCCGCUGCCCUCGUCCUUGUCCGCCCAGCAGCUGCUGGAUUGUGCGGGCAUGGGCACCGGAUGCAGCACACAGACGCCUAUGGCUGCCCUCAACUAUCUCACCCAGCUGACGGAUGCGUAUCUGUAUCCGGAGGUGGACUAUCCGAAUAACAAUAGCCUGAAAACGCCGGGUAUGUGCCAGCCCCCAUCCUCCGUAUCAGUGGGCGUGAAGUUGGCCGGCUAUUCCACGGUAGCCGACAACGAUGAUGCCGCCGUAAUGCGUUACGUAUCGAACGGAUUCCCCGUCAUUGUGGAGUACAAUCCGGCUACCUUUGGAUUCAUGCAGUACUCCAGUGGUGUUUAUGUCCAGGAGACGAGUGCCCUGACCAACCCAAGGAGCUCGCAGUUCCUGGUGGUCGUGGGCUACGAUCACGACGUGGACUCCAAUCUGGACUACUGGCGCUGCCUGAACUCCUUCGGCGAAACGUGGGGCGAGGAGGGCUACAUCAGGAUCGUGCGCAGGUCCAACCAGCCCAUUGCCAAGAGUGCCGUAUUUCCCAGUGCGCUUGCCUAAAAAGGAUUCCGAUCUAACCUUAUUUCAAGUUAAUAAACUUAAGUUUUAUGUGAAAA